AUGAAGCGCAAGAACGAGUCCCCUGCCCAAGGCAGGUCCAAGAAGCGCGCCAUAUCCGACGAAGAAGCCCAGAAAAACUUCCGCAACGGGCUCUUCGACGAUGAGGUCCUGCAACAGUACACCAGCGACUACGCCGCAUCGCAGCCAUACAAGCAUGCCGUCAUCCAAAACCUCGUCGACGACCAGCUCCUGCGCAACGUGCGCGACGAGAUCCUCGAGCACAUCUCCUUCACGCCCAAGGAGACGGACAUCUACAAGAUCCACCAGUCGGGCGACCUUGCCAACCUGGACGGGCUCGAGGAUUCGGCAUUGAAGCGCUUGCCUUCGCUUCUGACUCUGCGCGACUCCCUCUACUCGUCCGCCUUCCGCAAGUACCUGUCGUCGAUAACUGGGGCGGGGCCGUUGAGCGGCGUGAAGACCGAUAUGGCUGUGAAUGUCUACACUCCGGGAUGCCACCUGCUAUGCCACGACGACGUUAUCGGAAGCCGCCGCGUCAGCUGGAUCUUGUACCUCCUCAACCCCGACAUCCCCUGGAAGCCCGAGUGGGGAGGCGCACUCCGCCUCUAUCCCACAGAGAUUCGUACGGCGUCGAAUGGAGAAGAGGUCAAGGUCCCGCAGCCGGACUUUUCAGUUUCCAUCCCGCCAGCUUGGAACCAGCUCUCGUUCUUCACCGUGCAGCCAGGCGAGAGUUUCCACGAUGUGGAGGAAGUAUACAGGAAGACUGCAGGAGAGGAGAACGAAGACGAUGGCGGCCGAAUACGCAUGGCCAUCAGCGGCUGGUUCCACAUCCCGCAAGAGGGAGAGGAGGGCUACGAAGAGGGACUGGAAGAGAAGCUCGCCGAGCGCAGCUCGCUCAUGCAGCUGCAGGGCGGCAAAGCAGACGAAUUCGACGAGCCGCAAGCACACUGGGUCGAGGUCCCGCGCUACGGCGAGGACGGGAACCGGGACAGCGACGAAUUGACCGCCGACGAAAUCGACUUCCUCAUCAAGUACAUGAACCCAAACUACCUGACGCCAGAUACCGUCGAGGAGCUGGCCGGGAUGUUCUCCGACGAGUCGUCCCUGCGCCUCGCCGAAUUCCUGUCCGUCAAGUUCGCCGCCCGGCUCCGCGAAUAUCUGGAGUCAAAGGAGCACGAGCCGGAACCCAACAUCCCGCCGAACCCUUUCUACGCAUCCAAAGUGGGCGUUGCAAGGCCGCCGCACAAGCACCGCUAUCUGUAUCGACAAGCCGUGCAACCGAUCCCCACGACGCCGUACCCGGACGCGGAAUCCAUCACCCCUUACGACGACCUCGUCGACAUCCUCUUCCCGCACCCGGCGUUCGCAAAAUGGAUCUCCCUCGUGACCGGCAUCACCCUGACACGAAGCAACAUCGUUGCGCGGCGCUUCCGACGCGGCAUGGACUAUACCCUCGCCUCGGCCUUUGAGGAAGAAGAUCCCCAGCUGGAAGUCUGUCUGGGCAUCACACCGAGCAAAGGCUGGGGCGACGAAGACGAGGAACCGGAUGAACCUGAGGCACAAGAGAAUGGCGCUUCCAGCAAGAGCAACGGCAAAGCGCCCGUCGAGCCGCCCAAGCCCGAAGACGAGGUCGGCGGCUACGAAAUGUACAUGGCGGGCGACGAGGACGAGGGGAUCGAUGCCGGCGCGCCCGAAGCCGCCUCGACGCACACCGGAGCCGGGCAGAGGCGGAAAGCCAAAGCCGAUCCCGCCGUGUAUCGCAGUGCGGGCGACGAUGAAGAUGACGGUGUUUUGUUCUCGCAGCCUGCAGCGUGGAAUAAUCUCGCCAUUGUGUUGAGGGAUCGCGGGGUUUUGAGGUUUACCAAGUAUGUGAGUAAGGCGGCUAGGGGGGAUCGGUGGGAUGUUUGUGCUGAGUUUGGGGUUGAGUUGGGUGAGGAUGAGGAGGAGGAUGAUGAGGAGGAGGAGGGGGAGGGGGAAUAG